AUGGCCGCCCCAACAGCUCCAGAUACUGAUCCUCUCUUACCUGAGAAGAUGGAGUCGUCGGACUUCACUUCCGCCAUCCAGACAUCUGCCGGGAAAAGACCCCAAGCAAUUGCCCAUCGAGGUUACAAAGCCAAGUAUCCAGAAAACUCCAUGGGCGCAUUCAAGGGUGCGGUAGAGGUUGGCGCGCAUGCUAUUGAAACGGACGUUCACCUUUCAAAAGACGGGGUGGUGGUACUUUCACACGAUGCCACGCUGAAGCGAUGUUUUGGUCUGGACGAGAAGAUCGCCAACUGUGAUUGGUCUUACCUCGAGUCUCUUAGAACGUUGAAAAAGCCUCAUCAGCCGAUGCCGAGACUGGUUGAUUUGUUAGAGUACUUGACUAAACCUGGAUUAGAGGAUAUUUGGAUAUUGCUGGAUAUCAAGCUUGACGAUGAUCCUGAUGAUUUGCUUAGCAGGAUGGCUAGUACUAUCAAGUCAGUCAAACCCUCCAGGAGGUGGUCAGAGAGGGUUAUCUUGGGCUGUUGGAGCGCUAAAUAUCUCCCGAUCUGCAACAAGCUUCUUCCUGGCUUCCCAAUAACACAUAUCGGCUGGAACAUACCUUACGCGCGUCAAUUCCUCGAGAUUCCUGGAAUAUCCUUCAACAUGUUCCAAAAGAUGAUGGUCGGACCUGGCGGCAACAAGUUCAUGACAGACGUCAAGAAAGCCGAACGUGCUCUCUUCCUCUGGACAGUCAACGACGACAACUCGAUGAAAUGGUCUAUUAGCAAGCAGGUUGAUGGUGUGAUUACCGAUGACCCAAAACGUUACUUGGAACUCUGCCACGAUUACAAUGGAGAAAAAGUCAGCAUUUCACUUAGGGGUUGGAGCACUUUUGUCAUCAUCAAGUUCAUGGUGCCGUUCUUUCAGCUGUUGGUUAGGUACAAGUAUGGCACGAGGAUGAGUAAGGGAAGAGUGAAGCAGGAUAUUCUGAUUGGUGGUGGACCAGGACAACUUCAUGAAAGAAUGGAGUGA